AUGGCUGGAGGAGAGGCAGAGGCCCAGGGCUUCCUGCCCGACGGCGACUCGCCGAUGAGCAACGCCCUGCUGCAGGCCUACGUGCGCGCGGGCGACCCAGAGGGGGCGGCCGCUCGACUCGAGCGCAUGCGGGAGGAUGGCUUCGAGCUGAACGCGGACAGCUACACAGCCGUGGCAAAUGGUUUUGCGCAGCAGGGGGACGCGCAGCGCGCCCGCGAGUGGAGCCAGAGGGCCCAAGAUAGCCGCCCGUCUCGGGACAAGCAGUCCGGCCACAGAGGCGGCAACAUUGAGCUCAACGCGUUCGCACAGGCCGGCGAUGUGGCGGCCAUAGAGAGCUGGAUGGACGAGUCGGAGCGUCUUGGGAAGGACGUGGACGUCGUUGCGUACAACACGGCCAUGAAGGCCUUCGCCCAGCAGGGCGACGUCACCAGGCUGCUGGGGUGGUUGGAGCGGAUGCUGGCGGCAAGGCUGGCGCCAGAUAGCAGGCCGCAGGGCCUUAGAUUCCACUUCCCGUCGUGCCUCGGCUGCGGAGGGGCUCGGUCGGGAGGCGUGGUUUUGUCGCGCCCCCUCUGGGGGGGUGGGGUCCUGUCGCCUCUCGAGGUUGUCUCCGAGCCGUGCUGA